AUGGAGGACGACGUCAAGUUAGACAUUGACGACUGUGAGAGGAGCUCGGAAAUGAGAAUAGACCGAAACAUAUCUGCUAGUGAAUUUUCCUGCAGUUGUUGCCAUGAUAUAUUGGUGAACCCCACCACCCUGAAAUGUGGUCACAGCUUCUGCAGACAUUGUCUCGCCCAGUGGUGGUUGUCUUCUAAGAAGACCGAGUGUCCCCUAUGUUGUGACAAGUGCGAAGAGUUUCCCAAAGUGAACAUACUUCUUAGGAACAUCAUUGAAAAACUGUUUCCUGAUACCAUAAAAGAAAAAUAUGAGGACCUUAAGCAGAAAGUUGAUAUUACCAGAGCCUUGCAGGCCUUCAAUAAGUAUGGGAUCUUCCAGAGUCGGUUGUCUUCCUGGGGCAGAGGUGACUUCUCAGGGGUGCUGGCUGUAUUAAAAGGAGUAACAGUUGUGUUACUGGUGUGUUAUCGGAUCACUCAAGCAUGUGAACAUGACCUCUUGGCCCACAAACCAGUGUCUAAAUGGACCCCUGAAGAGGUAGUCCUUUGGCUUGAGCAGUUGGGUCCAUGGACGUCUGAUUACCAAGACAGAUUUUUAUCUGUCAGGGUAAAUGGAAGGCUACUGCUGGUACUGGCUGAGGAUGAGUUUUCAAAAGAGCCAUACAGUAUAGAGAACACCAGUCACCGGAAAGCCAUCAUCACGGAGCUGGAGAAAGUGAAGACGCUUGGGGUGAAGCCACCUCAGAAUUUGUGGGAAUAUAGGGCGGUAAACUCCGGAAAAUCCUAUAUCCUGUUGUAUACCCUGGAUUCAUUGCCACGGCUCAGCAUGUUAUACAUGUAUUUGUUUGAUUAUACAGAGACCUUUUUACCGUUCAUCCACUCCGCAUGUCCUCUGCAGGAGGGGGAUGAAGAAGACCAUAUAACCAAAUUCAUAGAUUUACAGGAUCCAACAUGGACACAGUGGCGUGAAUUUCUUGUCAAGUACUUGAUUCUUCCAUAUCAACUUCUUGUUGAGUUUGCAUGGGACUGGCUAGAAGUACAUUACUGGACUUCUCGAUUUAUAAUUGUACAGGCCAUGCUGCAUUCAGUGCUGGAGUUACUUACAUUUUGGAAACUGUGGUCAACCAGCCAACUAUGGUCCCUCCCUAUAAUUGUGUUGACCAUUUUCUGGAAUAUAGCAACCCGAAGACUUCUUCCUAUUUUCGUCUUCUGGAAUAUAAUCCCACAGUUUGUCUGGAAAUACAUGUUUUACUUUGAUUUGUAUAUCAGCCCAACCUUUAACUUUUUUGCAGGGAUGAGCAUGUUUCUAGUAUUGUAUAAUCAAGCAAUGAGAGACAGGACUGCAUUCAUCCCCAGGACUUGA